AUGGCUGGACCAGACCAAGGGCCGGACGCUGAUGCCGCCGCCGACAACCUCGCCAACCUGCACCUUGACGAAGUCACCGGCGAGCGUGUGUCUAAGUCGGAAUUGAAGAAGAGACAGAAGCAUCGGGCUAAGGAGGCGGAAAAGGAGAAGAAGGCCGCUGCCGCACCGCCCAAGCCAGAGAAGAAGGCUAAUGCUGAGGAGGAGGAGAGCAAUCUGACGCCCAACCAAUACUUCGAGAUCCGAAGUGGACGAGUGAAUAAACUCCGACAGACGAAGAGCCCCAACCCAUACCCACACAAGUUCCAGGUCACGGAUGAUGUACGAGAGGUCAUUAAGCAGUACGAGUCACUGCAGAAGGGUGAGCAAGUCAAGGACAAAGAACUGCGCAUCGCAGGACGGAUCUAUACCAAGCGGGCGGCAGGUGCCAAAUUGAUUUUCUACGACGUUCGUGCUGAAGGGGUCAAGAUCCAAGUCGCAUGCCAAGCGCAGAACGUGACGGGUGACGUAUCCUUCGAGCACCAACAUGAGCAUCUGAGAAGAGGAGACAUUAUUGGCGUUGUUGGAUUUCCAGGCCGCACUGCUCCGAAGAACCGCGCGGAUGGGGAAUUGUCGAUAUUCGCCACGGAGGUCGUGCUGCUCGCACCCUGUCUGCAUCAGAUCCCCUCGGAGCAUUACGGACUUCGAGAUCAGGAACAGCGCUAUAGACAACGGUAUCUGGACUUGAUUAUGAACGACAAGUCGCGGAAUGUCUUCAUCACCCGAUCUAAGAUGAUCACGUACAUCCGCCGCUUUUUCGAUGAGCGCGACUUCAUCGAAGUGGAGACUCCCAUGAUGAACACUAUUGCUGGCGGUGCCACCGCUAAGCCGUUUGUCACGCACCACAACGACCUCAACAUGGACAUGUUCAUGCGUAUCGCGCCGGAACUUUAUCUCAAGAUGUUGAUUGUUGGUGGAUUGGAGCGCGUUUAUGAGCUGGGUCGCCAAUUUCGGAACGAAGGCAUUGAUCUCACUCAUAACCCAGAAUUUACCACUUGUGAGUUUUACUGGGCAUACGCGGAUGUCUACGAUAUCAUGAACGUGACCGAGGAGCUAGUUUCUGGGCUCGUGAAGCACAUCACCGGUGGCUACGAGACUACCUUCCAUACCCAGACGGGUGAGGAGUACAAGAUCAACUGGAAAGCUCCCUGGAAGAGAAUUGAAAUGAUCCCCGCCCUUGAAGAAGCCACGGGUGAGAAGUUCCCACCCGGAGAUCAGCUGCAUACCAUGGAGACAAACGCGUUCCUCAAGAAGGUCCUGAAGAAGGUCAAUGUCGAAUGCACGCCGCCUGAAACAAACGCGCGCAUGCUCGACAAGCUUGUCGGCGAGUUCAUCGAAGAGACCUGCAUCAACCCGACCUUCAUCACGGGCCAUCCGCAGAUGAUGUCCCCACUCGCGAAGUACCAUCGCGACCACGUCGGGCUGUGCGAGCGCUUUGAAGCCUUCGUGUGCAAGAAGGAAAUCGUCAAUGCGUACACGGAGUUGAACGACCCCUUUGACCAGCGUCUGCGGUUUGAAGAACAAGCCUCCCAGAAGGCCCAGGGCGACGACGAGGCGCAGAUGAUCGAUGAGAACUUCUGCACGAGUUUGGAAUACGGCCUCCCGCCCACUGGCGGCUGGGGAAUGGGUAUUGAUCGACUUGUCAUGUUCCUGACUGAUAAUUAUAGUAUCAAGGAGGUGCUGGCGUUCCCGUUCAUGAAGGAGGAGAAGCAUACAGGUGCAAAGGGGGAGAAGUUGGCGGCUGAGGUUGCUGGUAUUGAACCAUUGCCAGUGGAGGGAAUUCCACACAAAUAA